CGGUCGUGGUCACGUGACCAAGCUCUCGGCGGACAGACAGAAAGAGCCCAGCUGACUGUCCGGUUUAUAGCAUUCAAUUAGUUCCCGACCACGACCACCAUGAGUACCAGCGGACAUUAAGAGGUCCAACGGCGACGUUAGCAGGAGGUUUACCGUUAGCACGAGGUGUCGAUGCUGGAGUCCCUGAUCUCCCGGCAUUAGGAUCUGUGAGGCUGGGAGAGACGACGCCCGGCCGUCCACCAAACCACCCGACAUGAUGGCCUCCAGCAACGUGGACAACCGGGGUGAAGGUUCUUUGUUUUCCGACCCAAUUCCAUCGGAAAUGGAUGCUCUUUGUCCUUCUCCUCCAGGACCUUCCAGACCCCAUCGCUCCUACGAGAGGAUAGGAGGACGGGAGGGCACCUCUUUCUGUCAGACUCUCAUCCACCUGUUGAAGGGGAACAUCGGUACGGGGCUGCUGGGCCUUCCUCUGGCCGUCAAGAACGCAGGCCUGGUGCUCGGCCCCAUCAGCCUGCUGUGUAUGGGAGUCAUAGCGGUCCACUGUAUGACGCUGCUGGUGAAAUGUUCCCACCACCUCAGUGCAAAGUUGGACCGUCUGUCUCUGAGUUACGGCGAGGCGAUGCAGUACGGGAUGGAGAACGUGCCGUGGCUCAGGAGACACUCUCAGUGGGGAAAACACACGGUGAACUUGUUUCUAAUCAUCACCCAGCUCGGCUUCUGCUGCGUCUACUUUGUGUUCCUCAGUGACAAUAUCAAGCAGGUGGUCGAAGCCGCCAACGCCACCACCUUCAACUGCCAAAUGAACUACACCAACCAGACCCAGGUCCUGGUGCCGAGCUUCGACUCCCGCCUCUACAUGCUCUGCUUCCUGCCCUUCAUCGUCCUGCUGGUGUUCACCCCCGACCUCCGGUGCCUGGCCCCCUUCUCUCUGAUUGCCAACCUGAUGAUGACGGCCAGCCUGGUGCUCAUCUACUUCUACUCGCUCACGAACAUCAAGUACCCCAUCGACCUGCCCAAAGUGGGCAGAGCUGUAGACUACCCUCUCUUCUUUGGGACGGCCAUCUUUGCCUUCGAAGGGAUCGGAGUGGUUCUUCCUCUAGAGAACAAGAUGCAGAGGCCUCAGAGGUUCCUCCCGGUCCUGUAUCUGGGGAUGGGCAUCGUCACCUUCCUCUACAUCAGCCUGGGCACCAUCGGGUACAUGUGCUUUGGAGAGCACAUAGGAGGGAGCAUCACUCUCAACCUGCCAAACUGCUGGACGUACCAGGCGGUGAAGCUGCUCUACUGUUUUGGUAUUUUCAUCACCUUUGCCCUUCAGUUCUACGUUCCUGCAGAGAUCCUCAUUCCUCCGGUGUUGGCCCGCGUGUCUGAGAGGUGGCAGACGCCCGUCAACCUGCUGCUCCGCACCGUGUUGGUCAUCUUCACAUGCGCCCUCGCCGUCCUGAUCCCGGAGCUGGACCUCGUCAUCUCGCUGGUCGGCUCGGUCAGCAGCAGCUUCCUGGCGCUGAUCUUCCCGCCCAUCCUUCAGCUUCUGACUUUCCACACGGAGGGCACGCUGUCUCCGCCAGUGGCCGUCAAGAAUGUCAUGAUCAGCCUGAUCGGGCUCAUCGGCUUCCUCGCUGGGACGUACAUCGCCAUCGAGCAGAUCAUCGCCCGCAACGCUCUGAAACACGUAGAGAUGCUCACCUCCUCCUUCAGGGUCCAGUGAUGACAGGAAGUGACUGUUAGUGGUGGAAUAAACACACCCAGGCCAUUUAGAAACCAUUUUUAUUUAAUGUUUGAGCAGUAUAAACCUGUGAGGACUCGUGGUGUGUCAUCAUGUUUCACUACUUCACUACUGUGUCCCGUCUUAAUCAUGACACGCCAACUGCCGGUUACGUCACUCUCCAUCAGGUCCAGGAUAUUUAGCGUAAUCUCAUGAGACAGAUCAUUCCUUCAGGUAGCUUCAAGAGAUUUUUAGGAGCGGUUUUAGAGUUUAGUUUUCAUUUAAAAGCUAAAUAUAGUGAUGUUUUGAGCAAAUUGGCACACAUGCUGAUAUUAAGUGGACUGGUUUCCCAAACUGCUUCUCAAUUAGAGCUUUUAGACCAUCACACUCCUCCUUUAGAGGAAAAUCGGAUUAGUUUUGUCGCACUUUGAUUUAUGCCUUAUUCAGCACUUCUUUGACGACACACAGACUUUAAAUCAAGUAACGGUAACUUAACCAAACGUAGAACAAUGAAAGGGUUGAGUAUCAAAAUGUUUUUUCUUUUUAUUGGACACGGCUUCAAUUAGGAAUUGGAAGUAUGGAAGCCCCAGAGAGCCAAAUGAGGAAAACCAAACGUUCUGGUGAUUAAUUUUCUGUUUUUAAAUCUGUGUUCCUUAUUAUUGUUCUCAUUUCUCCAUGCACUUUAAACACAAGGUACGUAACGUUAGUGUUGUGUCUGUCCUUCCUAAUCUGCCGUUAGAGAAAACAUGAAUGCUCUCAGUCCUAGAACACGCUGCUGGUGGUGAACUUCAGCCUCUUGUGGCCGAAAUGAGUAUUACAACAGUUAUAAAUAAACUUAAAGAAAACAAUCACCGAACAUUAUAUUGAUAUAUGAUUUAUUUUGUUGUCACCUCUUCUUUAGCAGUAAACACAGGAGAUAAAAUGAUUUAGAUCAGACUUGGUAAACGAAUCACCAGAUUCUUUUUCCUCACUUUCCUCCCAGGGCUGUCAUCCUGACACGUGUCCAUGCAGAGUGUUUACAAUAUAACUAAAGUGUGGAAGUAAAUCACACUUAUUAAAGGAAGAAGUAGGAUGUUGUACUCAUGAGAUACUGGAGAAAAUGAUUCUUGAUGUACAUAAAAGCAACACGAUUACUUCACAAAGCGAGGAUCAGUGCAGUGUUUCUGUUGUCGUCGUCGUCCUCACAAAACCCCAAAAAUCACAAAACGCUGGAACAUCUGGCUCAAGAAAAACUCAAAGGGAAAAUAGACGACAUCGAACUUGUUCAUGACGAGAUUAAUAUUUAUAUUUUACUGUAUAUUAGAUUUUUAAAAGCUUUUUAUUUUCCUUUUUGUUUUUUACCGUCGACAUAUUUCGGUUGCCAUUUUUGCACAAACACGAAACCAGGAUUUUAUUAAAAACCCAGAUUAAUAAAUCUCACUGAUGCUCAACCCCAGAACAAAAAUCACCUUUUCUCAACAAAACUAAUAAAUAUAUCAGAAACGUAGUUGUACUGUUUUUCUGUAGGAGCUCUUCUGUGGAACACUUUUUUUUUUUUUUUUUCUUGUCUGUAAAACUUCUUUUUUUGAUCCAACUCAUUUUUUCUAUGUUUUGAUGUAUACAACAAACAUUACAGGUUCGGGUACUUUUAUUUUUUUUAUAGUUUUAUUUUUUCAACAUUAUGCAUUCUUAAGACACACGGCUAAACCCUGAACAUGUUCUGUUGGUUUAAUUCCAGAGAGGCUCUGCUUGUAAUAUAAUAUGUAUUUAAUAUAAAUCAUGCGUUUUAAUUACAAGCCAUAGGUAUUAACUCAUAAAUCAAACCUGCGUCAGACACGAGUCAACCCGUGCUAUCGGUUGGUCGUAAAGCUUCUGCACUGUUGUGCGUCUUCAGUGUUUGUGUGGCCGCAUACUGACGGCUUGUUUCUAAGCUCAGCUGUGAGCCUCGUGUGUGACGCUGCUGAUUUAAAUCACAGCGGAAAUCGCUUUUGUGAAUAUAUCCAUUUGUUGUAGAUGUCCACACACACGCGAUGUUAAAUCUCAUUUUAUUUACCCAUUUUUCUCCUAUUUCCUUAUAUAUGUAUGUGUGUCUGUGUGUAUAUAUAGAAAAUAGUUUGAGAUUUUCUCCACUGGACACUUUAUGAGGAUGAUGAUGAAGAUGUGCAGCUACCCAAAGAAGACUAAUUUCACUUUGCUCGUCUUCAUUUACAGAGGAAAACUUGAUUAAUUCAUUAUUCAUUUUUUUUCGAGCAAAUGCCGAACUCGAGUUCUCCGAGGCCAACGGUUUAAAAAGCUGCACUCUACAGAUGUUUGAGAUUUGAUCAAUUAAGAAAUGAAAGAGUGCUAAAUUGACAUUUUAAGGGUUAUCUCUUUUAAUUCCUUCAUGAAUAAAUAACAUUCAAAAAUA